AAUAAUUAGAUUAUAAUAUUCUUAAAAAAUGAAUUAUAAAACAAAUUUUGUUUUUUUAAUUUUUGCGUAUGGUUUUUUUUUUGGAAAUGUUAAUGGAAAUAUAAUUUUAAUUGACCAUGAAGGAGGAAUAAUUAUUAGUUCGCCUAUAAAUAAUAAUAAUAAUUCAAAUGCUCAUUCGAUUUAUGAACCAAACUGUUUAAAUAGUUUAAAAAAAUAUGUUGAGUGUAAGAAUUUAAAAAUGACUUUUGUAAAUGAGAGAAGAAUUUUUGCAGAAAUUGGUUUGCGUUAUGAUGACGACAGUAGUACGAGUAAACAAAAAAACACAAUACAUAUUAAUAUUACUUUUGGUAAAGAAAACAUUAUUUUAAGUUACAAAAAAAAACAUAAGUUCUCAUACGAUGCAUAUGGUUUUUAUGGUCUGCAGACAUUUUUUAAUAAAGUCAACAAAAACAUUUAUUUCAAAGUAGUUAAAAUUUAUGACAGUAAUAUUUAUAUUAAUGAAAAAUUAGAGAAUACUACGGUUUAUGAUGAAGAAAUCAAAAAUCAACUUUUUAAGGUCCAAAAUUUUUUUUUAUGGAAAUACGCCAAAGAGGAUCUUGUUUCAAUUUUAUAUCCUUCAUGUCCUAAUAUAACACUUGAAAAUUUCAUUAAUAAUUCAACGACAUUUCGAAAAACUGUUCAAGAAACUCUAACUACGGCAUUGGAUAUUAUGAGCUAUCGAACUGCUAAGUAUGCGUGUUUGCUUGUCGUAUAUGCAUAUGAAGCACUAUAUAUUAGUCAAACACUAUGUUGGGACAAAGUAUUAAAGUUUAUAAAAAUAUUAAACGCAGCACAGUUAUAUUUGUCCCGGCACAAUAAAAAUAUAUAUUUUUUUUUAAAUAUAUCAGAUAUAUUUAGAAAAAUGGGUUUGAAAACCAAUAGCUAUGAUACAUUGUUUAUGUUGUCUGUUAUGGUGACAAAUUUCACCAAAAUUCUUUUAACAUCUGAGGAAAUAAACGACGAAGAUUUAAUACAAACCAGACAUUCAAAAUGUAACACAAUGAAUACACAUAUAUUACCAGUAUAUGCAUUAGAAAAAUUAUUUAAAGGAUUUCCGAAACCUCUCGAAGAACACGUCUUGACAUACAAGUUUGAGGAAAUACCAACUACACUAAAUAAUAUAAAUGAAAAAUUGUUUAAAAUUUGUACACUUAUUGAAACAGAAUAUGAAAUAUUUUUCAACAGCGACCUUUAAACAUAUGUCAAAUGAAGGUUUAUGUUAUGUACUAUAGAUUAAAAAAAAAAAAAUUAUCUCGACGACCGAUCUUCUACUUGCAAUUAAUCAAACUUUAAAUCUGUACAAUAAUCUUCUUUUAUUUAGUCCAUUCAUUUUUACACGUACAUUGCCACGAGUUUUUCUAUGAAACAUGAACUUUAAUUGAAUUAAUAUACUUUAAUUAUUUUAAUAUAAUUAUUCUAUUCUACCUUAUCAUUCUGACACAUUGCUUAUUUUUGCUCAUUGAAUAUUCGUAAAUUAUUUAUUUUAAAAUAAAAAUUUUUUCAUAAAUUAGUACGUUAACUAUUUUGUCAUGUCGAGUGUAGUAAGCCUCACAUUUUAUCAAUGAAGACGUGCUUUGCAAUCUUAAGGCUCGGUAUAAAAGACCUACAUUCAUAUUGACCGAUGUCAAGUCGCCUGUUUGAGCAUUAUUGCAAUGAUAACCAUUUUAUUAUACUAAAUAGUAUUAAAUACAAAUAAUUUUCCAUGGUCCAAUAGAACACAGUCAAUGCAGCAAUAUCAAAGGUUAUCCAAACUUACGCCUAUUUUAUUUUAUUUGUCAUUAUGUCAUUUCAAAAUCUGUAAUAAUUGUUAAUCACGACUUGAAAUGUGUUAAAAAUAUAAGAAUUUGUAAAUUUGGUUUUAUUUUGAACAAUGUAUUUUUCAAUUUAUUUAAAUUGUUAUUAGUUGUUUGAAUUGUAUUAAAAUAGAUCGUCAUCGCCCAUACUA